AUGUGUGUAAUGAUCGCCAAAUGGAUGCCCGAAUGGGAGCGAAGCCGCGGCACUACUAUUAUAUUCACCGGCAGUUCCAUAGGAAUGGUAGUCUCCAUACCGGUGGCCGGUCUACUAUGUGACGGUACGUUUAUGGGCGGCUGGCCCGCCGUGUUCAUCGUGUUUGGGUUGGCCGGGUGUGUAUGGGUUGUGUUGUGGACGGUGUUUGUCUACGAGAGCCCCGACACUCACCCCUAUAUUUCCAUAGAGGAGUACGAGUUCAUUGUUGUCAACCAAACGCCCGAUGAAUGUCGAAAGAGCAGGGUCAUUCCGUGGAAAAGUAUAUUUACCUCGAUACCUGUGUACGCCCUUGUAAUCACGCAUUUUUGUAAUAAUUGGACCACAUUUACCCUGUUAGCACUUUUGCCCAUGUAUUUAAGAAAUAUAUUAGAUAUAAGUAUUCCUAAAGUUUCAUUAAUUACAUCAGUGACCCACCUGUCCCACGCGACUAUCGCAUGGUUAGCCGCGUAUAUUAGUGAUAUAUUUCGUAAAUAUGAUACUAGUACAAAUAAUAUAAUCAGGAAAACAAAUAACACAAUAGCAUUCGUAGGACCAGCGCUAUGUCUACUGGCCGUAAUAUAUACCAGGUGCAAUAUUACAGAGACGGUUAUCCUGUUAAUCAUAGCCACGGGUCUACACGGGUGUCAUUUCUCAGGAUUUAAGUCGACUCACAUCGAUAUGGCACCGGAUUUCUCGGGAGUUUUAUAUGGUUUGACAAAUGCCGUGGCUAAUAUUGGCAAUAUGAUUUCACCCUUGGUUACCGCUCUCUUUCUUGAUCAGGGGCACACAUUAUCAAAUUGGGCCAGCAUAUUUUACAUAUCGAUUUUAAUGUACAUUUUGGGGACUGGCGUGUAUAUUGUAUUCGCAUCAGUGGAACUUCAGUGCUGGGCAGUCCAUGCAAAUAAUCAUAAUAUUCAAUCUAAUAGCGAUGCUGAUAAAUCUAAAAUUAGUAAAAAUCAUUAA